AUGGCAACUCCGCAAGCCCCGAUUGCCGCACUGAACCCAUUCGACCCAUCCCGAGAGAAGUGGAGGUCGUACAUGGUCCGAUUUCGGCAGUUCCUGCGAGGCAAGGGCUACCAGAACCUUGAUGAUGAGCGGAAAAGAGCCCUCUUCCUGGCUCACUGCGGAUCGGACGUUUUGGAGAUGAAGUUCCUCAGCCAGAAGAGGAUACCACUCAAAGACGUCCUCGACGAAGCAACAGCGGCUGAAACAUCCGAGAAGGCAGCCGCCGUGAUGGUAAAAGCUAGAGGGAUCCAUAAGAUCCACAAGUCGGCUCUGACCUCAUCAGACGACUCAACAACGCAAUCCAAGUCUGAUGAGGAAAGGGCCAUCCACAAGUCCCGGCGCGGGGAGAACGACUAUCCCCGCAGCAGAACGGUGCACCAGACAACCAUCGCUCACACAAGUGAUGAGGGGACCACCAAGUUCCACGUGACGCUGAUGGCGGAAGGGUCACCGUGCAAGAUGGAGGUAGACUCCGGGUCCGCCUACUCCAUCAUGGACUGGCAGCACCUACAGCAGCUGAAACCAUCCUGCAAGAAGACCCAGCUGAAAACCCCUAAGUUGAGGCUUGUGGACUUCAACGGAAAUCCCAUCGGAAUCCUGGGCAGAACCACCAUCCACAUCAGAUACAAGGACUUUAACGGAGAGCUGCCCAUCACCAUCGUGGAGAACAGCCGACCGAACCUGUUGGGAGUGGAGUGGUUUAAGCCGCUGGGGCUUUCCAUUGAGGGCAUCCACGAAAUCCAUAGGGACGAACUCGACACCAUCCUCGAAGAGUUCAAAGAAGUCUUCGAUGGUAAGCUGGGGAAAUUUGUGGGGAGGCCAAUUUCCUUCAAUCUGGACAAGGGAAUCACCCCAAUCAGGCUCAAGCCCCGCCGAGUUCCGUUUGCCCUGCGGCCUAAAGUAGACGAGCAGCUGGAUAAGCUGAUCGCCCAGGGCGUCCUGGAACCGAUCGAUCAUGCCUCAUGGGAGACCCCCAUUGUGACCCCACUGAAGCAUGAUGGGUCUGUGCGCAUCUGCGCCGACUACCGUUGUACCAUCAACAAGGCGUUGGCACAGAGCGCAUACCCAGUCCCAGUGGUGCAACACCUGCUGCAUUCCCUGGGAUCUGGCUCAAUUUUCGCGAAACUGGACCUGGCCCAGGCUUACCAGCAACUGCCAGUGGAUGAAAAAACGGCGGAGGCACAAACAAUUGUCACGCACAGGGGGGCAUUCAAAUGUAACCGCCUCCAAUUUGGAGUCAGCGCUGCCCCAGGCAUUUUCCAAUCUAUGAUGGAACGCCUUCUCCAAGGCGUUCCAGGGGUGGUACCUUACUUCGACGAUGUGCUCGUCUCAGGUGACUCACGAGCUCAACUCCUUGAACGGCUCAGGCUUGUCCUGCAGCGGUUCAAGGCCAAGGGCUUGAGAGUCAGGCGGGACAAGUGCACCAUAGGAGUACAGGAAGUCGAGUUCCUGGGCUAUCUCAUUGAUAGCACUGGCAUCCACCCCACCAAAUCAAAAGUGGAAGCAAUCCAUGAAGCUCCAAGCCCAAAAAACAAAACGGAGCUUCAGGCUUUCCUUGGGUUGCUCAACUUCUACGCCAUUUUCUUAAAACAGAAAGCCACAGUUGCUGAGCCACUCCACCGCCUGCUGGGGAAAGCGGCUUCCUGGAAGUGGGGCCAGGAAGAGGAAGCAGCAUUCCGGGCCAUCAAAGGACUAUUGACGUCCAAGAGCGUUCUCAUCCAAUACAGCGAGACGCUCCCCAUCAAGCUGACCUGUGAUGCGUCACCUUACGGGGUGGGGGCAGUCCUCAGCCAUGAACUGCCCAACGGCUCGGAAGCCCCGAUUGCUUACUUCUCGAAGACCAUGUCCGGCGCAGAACGGAACUACAGUCAGCUGGACAAAGAAGCCCUGGCCAUCGUGGCAGGAGUGAAGCGCUUCCACGAAUACCUCUACGGAAGACGCUUCACCAUACGCCAAGUGAAGUCCUGGAUCCUCAGAGGGUGGCCAUCGGAAAAGACGGAGGAGAGGUUCAGCCCGUUCGCCAGGAAACAGAAGGAGCUGUCCACCAUCAAGGGCUGUCUGCUAUGGGGAGACAGGGUGCUGAUUCCAAGCACUCUGCAACGGCGUACGUUAGAGACUCUGCACAAAGGGCAUCCGGGCAUCGUCCGCAUGAAGGCCCUGGCACGGAGUUACGUCUGGUGGCCCUCCAUGGACAGAGACAUUGAGCAAUGGGUCUCCAGAUGUGACCCGUGCCAAGAAGUUCACCCAGCGCCGCCACAAUCCGAAGUCGCGAAGUGGGAGACCCCCAGCAACCCCUGGUCGAGGAUCCACAUCGACUUCGCGGGUCCGAUGCAGGGGCGACACCUCCUCAUCGUGGUAGAUGCCUUCUCCAAAAGGCUCGAGGUGGUGCCCAUGGCAUCUACCACAACAGAAGCGACGAUCCGAGCCCUGCGCCGUCUGUUUGCCACACAUGGACUACCGGACGUGCUGGUCUCGGACAACGGCCCCCAGCUCACAUCCCUGGCCAUGGAGUCCUUCCUGGCAGGACUGGGCAUCCGCCACGCCCUGUCCGCCCCGUACAGGCCGGCC